AUGGAUGGAUGUUUAUUCAGUGUGUUUCUGUGUUUCUCAGGAGGCACAGCGUCCAGGCAGAAGGGCUUCCGGGGUUGUAUCCGCUCCCUGCAGCUGAACGGCGUCCCCCUGGACCUGGAGGAGCGGGCGGAGAUCACCCCCGGGGUCCGGCCCGGCUGCCCGGGUCACUGCAGCAGCUACGGCUCGCUCUGCCAGAACCAGGGCCGCUGUGUGGAGAGAGCCAGCGGCUUCCACUGCGACUGCGGCCUGUCGGCGCACACUGGAGCCUUCUGCCACACAGAGUUGUCGGCCAGCUUCCAGUCGGGCACGUCGCUGCGCUACACCUUCAAGGAGCCGUACGAGUUGAGCAGGAACAGCAGCGCCCUGCCGUCCUCCAUCUACUCUGACCUGACGCUGAGAGGAGAGAACGUCUCGCUGAGCUUCAGGACCAAUCAGAGCCCGGCUCUGCUGCUCUACGUCAGCUCCUACUACACCCAGUACCUGGCCCUGCUCAUCAACAAGCACGGUGAGGGGGCGCUCGCAUCUUCAAGGAGCUUGUGGUUCAUGUGGCUCUCAAAGCUCAACAUGGAGGGUCUUUGA